CCGACGUAUUUUACUAUUGCGAAAACCUUCUUUUGCGCAUGGUCAGUUCGAACGGUUUGACCUAUACAGGCUGCCGUAGGGAAACAAGGAAGUAGACAGAAUGAACAACAUAAAAACAGAAGUCGGUUGUUUUAUUUUUGAUUGAAUGCGUAUUUACGCUUGUAAUCGACUCCAGAUUAUUUUCUACAUUUCUACAUUUGCUUUGUAGUAUAUUUAAAAGCUUCUCGGUCUUUAUUUAAUAUAUAUGUGUUUAUUUUGGUAAUGCUAACCUUCUUAGCUGGCUCGUUAGCAGCGGUGACAGGUGACAGGUGCUGUUAUUAAUAUGGUGCAGAACGUGUUUCGGAGCGGCUUUCUGGUCCGGGUCGCUCACACCCUGCUCACCUGGAUCAUAACCGUCAUUCUGUUCCUGCACAACACUAGCUUGCGGAGAUGUGAGGAGCAGGGAGAGCUGCUGCUGCCGGCUCUCUUCUUCUUGCUGGUCGUUCUGUCAGUGCUGUUGUACUUUGCCGUUUCCCUGAUGGACCCCGGCUUUGUGCUCAAUGACACUGUCAAGGGCGCUCAGAGUCCGAAUGAAGAAAUGGAGGCGAUGAUCCCUCAGUCAUCGACCCCUCGUUUGAGGCGCUGUGGAUACUGCCUGCUGCAGCAGCCAAUGAGAGCGAAGCACUGUCACAUGUGUAAACGCUGCGUCCAUCGCUUCGACCACCACUGCCCGUGGAUUGAGAACUGCGUGGGAGAGAGGAACCACCGCUGGUUCAUCAUCUACCUGCUGGUGCAGCUGCUCACCCUGCUGUCGGGCCUUCACGUCGCUCUGUCAGGCAUUUCUCCUGCUCUUACGUGGGAGCAGUGGUUCAGGGUGAAUGGCUUUCUGCUGGCAGCGUUGUGCAUUGUCGGGAUUUUCUCCGUGGUUGUGGUGCUGCUGCUAGGCUCCCACUUGUACCUGAUUUCUAUCAAUUGCACCACCUGGGAGUUCAUGUCCCGCCACAGGAUCUCAUACCUGAAGACCUGCAAGGACGAGGAGAAUCCGUUCGACCGUGGCGUCCUCUGCAACCUGUGGGAUUUCUUCUGCAUCUGCAGGACGGUGAUGUGGGAGAAGGUUUACCACAGAAAUAAGCUGAAUCCAGUCUGAUCCCACAG